AUGAAUUGGCUGAUUGGACGAGUGUCAUUAUCGGUUUGCGAACACCGCAUGAAAGUUACUCAGAUGUGUCUCGUAGCUGAAAUAGAUGAAAUACAUAGAUUCUUGUGCGCCUUACGCCUGGUUCGCGGGUAUAACGGGACUGCUAGUGAAGAGUCCCAGCAGAAAAUAUACAGAAUGACGGGAUAUUGCCCGCAGCGAAAAGCAAUAAUUAAAGGAUCCAGAAACACUCGAACGUGUGUUAGAAAACGAACCCAUGAUAGCUCUCCUGGAAGAAUCAUCAAAAAAUCAAAGAACUUGAGUUGUACUUCAAAAGUUGCAUUCAUGUCUUCUCAUGACAACAUUCCCGAAGACCAGUUCAACCAAGAAAAUGAAACCACUGUUUGCCGCAUAACCUACCUUGAGACGCUUUUCACUGUAUUACGGAUUGAAGAAGUCUCGUUUUUCUACAACCUGGAAGAAAUCGAGAAAGUUGUCAAGGAAUAUAAAGAAAGAGGAAUUAAAGUGACACUGGACGCUCGGUUGGUCGCCUCAGCGUUGAAAACCACUCUCAUAACGCUUCUGAAACCUGAGGAAACAGUUGAGGGAGAAACCGAAUCGAUCUUCACAUGUUUUCUCAUCCGAAUUUUAAGAGAAAUCGUAGAAAAAUUGAUUGAUUCGUAUCCAGCAUGUGGCUUCGAGGACGUCCUCGACAAAAUCUGGGAGGAAACACGAAAAAAUGACGAAGAAGCGGAUAGAAUAAUCAGCAACAAAAUGGAUCUCAAUAAAAGAUUAGUUCGUUUCUUAGAAGCAAAAGCAACGAUAGUAAUCUCCCCAAUUUCCCUGAGAGAGUUGGCCGAGAUGUACAAUGAUCACAUGACUGAUGUUAGAAUUCCAGUCGAGGAAAUUGUUGAUCAAUUUGAAACCAUUCUCUCAGAAAUCCACAGUAUCAAACGUAUUCGUCCCACCAAGAAGUUAGCAAUCAUGUUUAUGACGCAACAUCCAGUGACCGAGUUGUUAAAAUCUGAAUAUUUUUCAAAAAACCUUCAACGUUGGGGAAAAUGGAGGUUGGAUGAGGAGAAGCGAAUCAUCAAGUACUCUUCCAACACACUACCAGUCUUGUGUUUCAAUCGAAAAAUAAAUAGUAUUGAGGAUGGUUCAGUACAUUGGGAAUUUGAUGAAAUUGAACACAUGUUGAAUUUUAUUCAUAGAAACGCUUCUAACCCGUCCGCAACUUUUGGCAGAACUUUUCGUAGAUAUCACUCGUUAGUUCAAAGUGUUAAAGGAAGAACUGUUGGAGACGUUAGAGCCAAAAUGAUUCAGUGCCUCAAUUAUGAAAUUGAGCUUGGAGUAGAAUGCAUUGACUACAUAGCGUCAAUUGUCAUAAGAUUCGGAAUACCGCCAGAGAAGAAUCUGUUGGAAGCAAUGUCAGCUGUAGCAACAUAUCAACUGGAUGCAUUGAAUUAUUUGGUUUUCUACGAACGAGGGCAGUGUCGUUUUGGAAAAGAAGACAAGUCCCGCCUGGAAGCUACAAGGCAUCCAGGAAAGGAAAUUCGUAUAAGUGAACUUCUACAACCUCUACGUGAUGCUGUGUCCAACGAGAGGGUCCUGUUCAUCUACCCGUUCCUGUUAGAUGAAAUUGACAAACGACUUCUGGAGAUCUCAAAUACCAAAGAGCACAUCGAGAUAAUGUCGGUCAGAAAAACAAUGAAAAGGGUCAUAGGAACAAUUGCUCCAUUUUUGGCAAACAACGAAGCUCUGAACAAGGACAGCCCAGUUUUUCUCUGCAAAAUUCUUCGCAUUGUGUUGGCAGUUGCAAAUAAGCUGAGUGACCCAGUUUUCGAGGGGAUCAAAAAGGAAUUGCGGGAAAUGCAGAAGAAAAAUGAUGGAAGUUUUCAAAGAAUCUCGUAUGACAGGGCAUUGGAAGCUAUAAAAGAACUUCUUUAUAUGAGGAACAUUUGA